AUGGUUAAGCCAUGGCCAUUCAGAGCUUGGGCGUUGGAUGUAAUAGGGAAAAUUCAUCCGACGUCGUCAAAACAACAUUCAUUCAUUCUGGUAGCAACUGAUUAUUUCACCAAAUGGGUAGAGGCAGUCCCUUUGAAGAAUGCGACGCAAAAAGAGGUGAUUGAGUUCGUGCUUAAUCACAUCGUCUAUCGGUUUGGGAUUCCGCACACUCUUACAACCGAUCAAGGGUUGAAGUUUACUGGGGAGAAAUCUGUUGAAUUUUUAGACGAAUUUAACAUCAAAUUGCAUCACUCUUCACCAUAUUACCCACAGGCUAAUGGGUUGGCCGAAGCAGCAAAUAAGAUUGUCAUCGGUAUCAUUCGAAAAAUGUUAACAUUCGGGCAAGAUGCUGUUUUGCCGGCAGAAUUUGUUGUGUCUUCACCCAGAGUGGCUAGUACAACAGCAUGUAUUGAUGAGGCAUAUGCACAAAGGAUGUGGCAACAACUGGAGGAGGUGGACACAGAUCGUUUGAAUGCUUUGGAUCAAGUGGUUAGACAGAGCGAGAUUAGAGAAAAAUAUUAUGGAAAAAGAGUGUCCCCAAGGUUUACAUAA